AUGAAGCCAACCGCUGUCCUCGUCGGCGUCUGCAUCCCUGCUCUGGCCUAUGCUAUCAACUUGUUUAGCCCUGCUUUGUACAAUGUCCGCCUUGGCUUCCGGUGGAAAUUCAUCGACGGCCCGGAGUCGGGCCUCAAAGACAUCACGUUCCCCGUCAACAUGGCCAAGACUUCCCGCGAGCAGGGCUACUACCUCUCGCAGCAGUUCAGCUUCCACGGCGUCCGGCGCCAGGGCCACAUCGCCAUCCAGCCGCGCCCCGACAACAGCAAGGGCCAGGCCAUGCUCCGCGCCAACUUCACCUCGCACCAGGCCGGCACGGCCACCUGCCACCCGGCGUGCCAAGCCGGCCCUGGGCGCGGCGGCGCCGAGGGCAGCCGCGACGGCGUCACCUGCGCCAUCGACGUGCCCGCCGACUACGCGCACACCUUCAACCUGACCGUCGAGAACGUCCGCGACGCCAACACCUGGCGCGGCCUCCUCGUCGACACCGUCACCCGCAAGACCCACGAGAUUGGCGUCUGGACCCUGCCCACCGGUGCCGGCGACAUCCAGCGCUCCCGGUUCGGCUUCGUCGAGUACAUCCACCAGCCCGGGAGCCGGGGCGGCUGCGAGAACUACCCCAAGCUCGAGGCCACCGUUUACCACCCCUGGUCCAACUCGGCCGGCGCGGGGGAGCUCCACAACGUGGGUAGUAUGGACCUGGGCUUGUGCGGUAAGAAUAUUUUCAAAAAAAUAAAGGUCACGAAUGGAUUCACUGUCUACUACGGCCGGGGGUAG